GCAAGUGGUGGCGGGUAGGCAAACUCGGAACGGCAGCUAUUGUCUCGCAUGACGCGUCACUGACGGUUUCGUCACUUGUGAUUGUUUUCCAUCCACUUGGAUACGGCGGAUCUCUGACGACGUGUGAAAAUCGCAAAGUCUACGACGCAUUCUUGCGUUGUGUCGAUAUCACGAUGCCGAAGCCAGCUUUCACGAGAGCAUUGAGAGUCAAUAACAAAUCAUCGUGCAUCAGCAUUCCCAAAGCGCAUCCGAAGCAUGUACAAUGCAGCUCUUGCAGUCGCAGAUUCUACGUACCAAUUACAGAUAAGAUGUUGGUUGGUAACAAUAUACCUUUGUUAUUACCUUGUGGACAUCCUAUAUGUAGUAAAUGUGUGCAAAAAAAUGCUAUAUUUUGUUCUUCAUGUAAUGAAUCUGUGGAGAACAGUGGCAUUGAGAAACUUCCAGUGAACUUGUACGUCUUGGGCCUGAUUCUUUCAUCAAACAAACGUGCAAUAGAAUUCGAUGAUCAAGAAUUUGCGUUUUGUGAUACACCAGUUCACCGAUUAUACCAGAUUCAAAACCAAGAAUUUUGUCAUGAAUGUGAAAGUCCUGCUUCUAUUAAGUGUAUACAAUGCCUAGCUCUCUUCUGUUCCAGUUGCUACUCUAAAAUUCAUAGAAGAGCAUUGCAGAAUCACACAAAGAUAUUAUUGGUUAAAGAAAAAAAUGACAUCUCCUGUACGAUUACGAACUAUUGUUCACCAACGUGCCUUGAAAUGUUAAGAUACUUUUGCAAUGACUGUGAUAUCACUGGCUGUUCAAACUGCAUGCUACACAAUCACAAAAUGCACAAUUAUAUUACAUUACAAGAAAAGAACGAGGACAUGAUGGCCGAAUUCGACGAGGUCAGCCACAAAAUCACCGACAAUCUGCAAAGAGUCAUCCAGACUAAACAGAAGCUUAAAUCGAUUUUAAUGUCGGCGAACGAGCCGGAAAAAUGCAAGGACGUCGAGACGAAAAUCACCAAGCACUUCGCGCGCCUGCACGGUGUCCUUCAAAAUAUGGAGGCGAAAUUACUGAACCAACUAUACCACCCAUGCAGCAGUCAGAAAAAUGAUUUAAAUCAGAUCAAUCUGCAGCUUCAAAAGCAGGAAGAGCAAUUGAGCAUGACGCUGAGGCUGGCUAGCUAUACGAAAGAGAACUUCAACAGAGUGGACAUGAGAAACGCAAUAAAGGUCCUCAGCGAGAUGGCAAAUGUCCCUUGCCACUUAAUUCGCAAUAAUUGCACUGAAGACAAGGCGAUAUUGUUUACCGACGAUGAAGGAAUGCUCAUCGAAUACUUAAAAAAUCAUUACGUACUUCAAAUACCAGAAAUGUCACGCUACAAACUCUUACGAACGGAAGAGUUGCCGGAGAACCACGAGAUCGAACCUUUAGUGGAGAAUCCUUCAAUCAUAAGUAUAUUAAAUCAGACUUUAUCAAAAACGAUCAAAUCGUUGAAUACAUCGGUCACAUCAAACGAAUCAACAGUUACAGCGGAAGUGGCCGAAAAGACGUCUAAAGACAAUAUUACCAGACAAGAGGUGGAGGUAGUACGUAUCACCAAUCCAUCAUUAUUCUACGUCCGCUAUCUCGACUUAAAGGCAGAAUACGCGCAAUUUGAGGAGGACUUGCGAGCGUACGCGGAAACCUUAGUGAAAAAUAAGAAAUCGCCGGUUAAAUUCUUCCAAAACAACAUGUGCAUCGUAAAGCAAGUGGAAAAUGACAAUUGGUACCGAGGACGUGUGUUGAAUGUGCAUAGCAAAUUGAACGAAUUGUUCACACAAGUAACAUACGAUAUAUUUUACAUUGACCAUGGUUACAAGGAAACCCGUGUAUCAGACUCGAGAGUACGAAGCAUCACCAAGGAGUAUCUAAAGUUACCACCGCAAGCGAUUCGAUGCUGUUUAUACGGCAUAAUGCCUAUAGAGAACCUAUGGACAAUGAAGAGUAUAAAUGAUUUCACGAAGUUGUUGCAGGAAACUUCGAUUUUCAUACACGUCAUAAAACAGGAUAUGAACACGCUAUACGUGGACAUUUGCACCGUCUCUUUAAAAAAUAAUAGCAUGGGACCACAAUCGAUAUGUAAUGCUAUGAUAUUUAUGGAACAUGCGUGUAAUGAUACUUUGACAGCUCCGAUGCAUUCAUUGAGCAGCACGAACGUAUAUACUAAGGAAGAAUUAAUAUUAAAUAAGAAAACAUUAGUUACCAUCAGCCACGUCAAGUCUCCAGCUGAAAUUUACGUUUUGAAGAGAGGACAAUGGGAAGAUAAUCUUUCGAAACUGCUGGAUAAUUUAAAAGUAUAUUACCAAGACAACGCUUCGAAACAUAUUAUCAGUAAACUUGAGAAAGGUUUAUCGUGUGUAGCACAAAACACGGACGGUUUUUGGCACCGCUGCGAAAUCGUUAAAAUAAUUUCGGAAGAUAGUGUCGAAGUUUUUUUCAUAGAUAAAGGAUACACUUUGAUUUUGAACUGCGAUGAGUUGCGGACGAUUCCGUACAAAUACGCUCUAUUUAAGGCACAGGCGAUAAAAAUAUCAUUGAGAUAUGUGAAUCCCGACGACCACGGAACGUGGAAGACAGAAUCUGUCAAUACGUUGUUGAAUAUCUUCAAUUGUGUCUCUUCAAGUGUCUCUGUGACCGCAAAACAGAAGACGAAAGAUGGAUACAGCUGUUUUGUAAAUCUUGAUGAAGAGGACGUCAGCCAACUAUUAAAAUCCAAAGGCGUCAUCGGUGCUAGGGAAUAUAACAAGCCGUCUAAGAGAAAAGUUGUUCGGCAUAAUAUUGAUAUAACAAAAUUGCUCGACAAUAAUCUGAAAGAAUCGUCGUCGGAAAAUUUUGAGUCUGAUACUAAAUCCGUCGAAGAAGAAAUGUCUGAUCCUUUCAAGACAGAGGUGUGCAUCAAACAUGUGGUCGCACCAGACUGCAUCUACGUUGCGCUAAAGGAUCACGAAAAGUUAAACGAGAAUCUAAUAGAGGCGAUGCAAAAGUUUUACAAUAACUAUUGCUCCGAGCCGCAAGACAAUUUCAGCAACAAUACGCUACACGCAGUGUACUCUGCCAAGGACAAAGCCUACUUCCGUGCGCUGAUCAAAGAGAUAAGAUCCCCGAUGGAGAUAUUGGUCUACUUUUGCGACAUAGGCAUUACUGAGACGGUGACGAUGAAGGAAAUACAAGUUUUGCAUCAACAGUUUGCAAAGGAACACGCAUAUUGCUUUAAAGUGAAGUUGGCUGGUAUUCUGCCGUGUGGCGGAUCGUCCGCGUGGCCGUCAUUAUCCAUUUCAAAAUUGAUUGAUAUUAUACGUGAAAAUUCACGCCGCAAAUUCUUCAUUACUAAAUUCGAUCAGCAAGACACUUGUGAGGACGCGAUACCCGUGGAACUUUGGGUAAAACAGAUAAAAGUACCAGGACCGUUGCUACCGGCAGAAAUAGAGAUCAAUUGUAUCAACAAAAUGCUGAUAGAUGAAGGUGUUGUUUUGCCUAUUAAAGAUUACUUCAACAAAACAAUCGCAGUUCGCGCUGCGGAAUUUAAGCAAGAAUUGCUAAAAACACAAUUAAUAUCGUGUGACGAAAAGAACGUGCAGUGGUUUAACAAAGAGACUUGUCAUAAAAUUAACUGCAAAAUAGAUGACUUGUUAUCAUCGUAUCAAAGUUUGUUGGAUCAGCCCUGCGACGUUAGCACAUCGAAAAGUGAUCAACCGGCAAGAGCAACCGAUUGGCUACCACCGGUUGAAAUAGAGGAAACAGUAUUUCACGCUAUAGGAACAAACGUGGACAACAAAUGUUCCGUAUACUUGUACCCCAUAAAGAAUAAUUUAAUCAAAUUAAUAGAGACUAAAUUGCAAACGUAUAUUGCGUCCAAAAAAAUCAAGAUAUACAAAAAUUGGAAAGUAGGAGACAUAUGUAUUGCAAGAUAUAAGGAUAAAAUGUGGUAUCGCGGCAAAAUACUCCGAGUGGUAAAACAAGCUAACGAUAAAAUCACAUUGCAAGUAUUAUUUGUUGACUAUGGAAAUGAAGAAGAAUGUGAACUCGAAAAUGUGAGUAGGGAUAUUACAAUGGAUCAUAUUCCUAUUCAGUGUACAAAAUGCGUCAUCAAAGGCCUGAGUCCGGAAUCCAUACAUGGAAACUGGACAAGGUUAGAUUUAGAUCGAGUGCACGUAGUUCUUGUUGAACAUGAAAUCAAAGUGUAUGUUAUGCAGCGGGAACCCACGCAUUUAGUCGUAUCGAUAAUGCUUAUAGAUCAACAGUGCGACCUCCUUAGAUUUCUCGAAAUUCAAAAAUCUCACCUUAAUAUGAAAAUCAAAAUCCAACCUCAGACUUGGGAUAACGCAAUAGCUUGCGAAGAGACAGAUUCGAUAUUAAAUUGCUCUGAUAACGCGGUCACUGACACCUUGGAGAAAUCUUCAUUGGAAUUAGAAAAGUCAGAUAUUAUGUUAAAAGAAAACGUAAUCAGUGGCAGUUUUAUAGAGAUGGAUUCCGCGUAUGACAAAAAUAUAGUAGAUAUCGACAUUAUAUCAAAUAUAUUUCCCAUGGACGACUGUGUGAUCUCCUCAACGCCACAGAAUCUAUCGGAAGAAAGUUUCUUGGGUGAAUACAAGCCAUUGAACAUUCCGUUAGAUACGGAAUAUAUCGAGGUGAUAUUACAUUUCAAUAAAAACCCCACUACCUCGUACGCACGUUUGGCGGAAAACAACGAUGACAUGUUCUCCGAUGUAUUACACAAUUACUAUAUGCAAUAUGAAAAUAUGAUGUUGGACAUACAAGAGAAUGCAUCUUCUCAGCCGUUAAUCGAGUCUUUUGAAGAUAAUACUUCAUGCAUAGCAAAAUUUACCGAUGAUCGAUGGUACAGAUGUACUAUCUUGCAAAAUCACGAAACCUCAGACACUCAGUUUAUAUUGCACUAUGUUGAUUAUGGUAAUAAUGAAUCUAAGAUACUGGAUCUUAAAUCAAAAAAUCAUGAUUUGCGCGUACCGAAAAAAGAAUGGGUAGAAUUGCCCACUAUGGUUAUAGAAUGUCAAUUUUGGAAUAUUGACUUUAUUUCUAACGAUAUUCACUUACUAGCAUCAAAGUUAGAUGAAAUAUAUAACAAAGCAGUAGUGGCUAGAGUUAAGGAAAUAAAUGGGGAUAGAUUGGUAGCAGAAAUAUACAAGGACAAAAUGUGCCAAGAACUUUUGUAUGCACACUUAAUUGACGAUGGUUUAUAUCAAUACAAGUCCAAAGAAGACUGAAGUACACACAUAAUUGACUGUGAUUUUUUAUGUUUAUUGCUAUUUUAUGUUUACAGCAUUUCCAUUUCCUUUUAUUUUUCUUUAUAAGCAGUAAGUUUUGUAGCAGUAAGUUUUAUAAUAAAAUUGAACAUUAGACAAACUACACUUAA